UUCAGAAUAUGUCUUUUGAAGUCGUAAAAUAUGGGUCCUCACACUCAAAAUAAUUACUGCUAAAUGGAGAAAAGAGAGAUGAGUAUCCAAGGUGAUCUCCCACCAUUAUCGCAGCCAAACUCCAUAUCACCAACUUUUAGCGAACACUCGAAAGAAGCCUUGGAAGGGGCGAGGGGCGAAGAAAUGGUAGCCGUCUUCAACAAAGAACUCCUGAGCUGGUACCUCGUCACCCUCAAGUUCAAAGAAAAAGUGGAAGGCAAAUCCCAGCCCACCACCCCCGCCUCCAAAGCUCCUCCCCUCCUCACGCAGGCCGGCGAGCCCGCCGCUCCCCCAAACCCCCCUCAAGACUCCGAAUGGGUCAUCUCCAUAAGAGAGAAACUCGAGCAAGCCCGGCAGCUGGAGAGAUUCAGCCCCUGGGCCAAGCUCUCCAUCUACCGCGUCCCCAAGUCCCUCCGCGAGGGCGACGAGAAGGCCUACGUCCCCCAGGUCGUGUCCAUCGGACCCUACCACCGCGGCCGCGGCCGCCUCCGCGACAUGGACAGCCACAAGUGGCGGGCACUCCACCACGUCCUCAAGCGCACCGGCCACGAUAUCCACCUCUACCUCCACGCCGUCAAAUCCCUCGAGGACAAAGCCAGGUCCUGCUACGAAGGCCACAUCCAUCUCUCCAGCAAUGACUUCGUCGAGGUCAUGGUCCUCGACGGCGUCUUCAUGCUCGAGCUCUUCCGCGGCGCCGCCGGCGAGGGCUUUACGAGCCUGGGCUACUCGCGCUGCGACCCGGUCUUCGCCGUCCGCGGCACCAUGCACUCUAUCCAGCGCGACAUGAUCAUGCUGGAGAACCAGAUCCCUCUGUUCGUCCUCGGCCGCCUGCUCGGUCUCCAGCUCGGCCUGCCGGAGCAAAGCUGCGGCCUCGUCGCCCGCCUCGCCAUCCAAUUCUUGGACCCCCUCAUGCCCACCUACGAGCCGCUCAACCAGAGCGACCGCUUCAAGCUCGAGUCCUCUGCCGCCGCCUUCGACCCCCUGUCCGAAGGCGGCCUGCACUGCCUCGACGUCUUCCGCCGCAGCCUGCUCCGCGCCGGCCCGCGGCCGGCGCCCCGCGUCUGGCUCAAGCGGUGGUCCCACCGCGGCCGCGUCUGCGACAAGCGCCGCCAGCAGCUGGUCCACUGCGUCACCGAGCUGCGUGAUUCCGGCAUCAAAUUCCGGAAGCGGAGGACCGACCGGUUCUGGGACAUCGAAUUCAAGAACGGCGUGCUCCAUAUCCCACGCCUGCUCAUUCACGACGGCACCAAAUCCUUGUUCCUGAACCUGAUAGCCUUCGAGCAGUGCAACAUGAAUUGCAGCAACGACAUCACCUCGUACGUGAUCUUCAUGGACAAUUUGAUCGAUUCCGAGGAGGAUGUCCGGUACCUGCACUACCGUGGCAUCAUCGAGCAUUGGCUGGGGAACGACGACGAGGUCGCCGAUAUGUUCAAUAAACUGUGCCAGGAGGUGGUGUUCGACAUGAACGACAGUUACUUGUCUGGGCUCUCGGAGCAGGUGAACAGGUAUUACAACCAUCGGUGGAAUAGUUGGAGAGCCAGCUUGAAGCAUAAGUACUUCAGCAAUCCAUGGGCGAUUAUUUCCCUCAUUGCUGCUGUGGUUCUUCUGGUGCUAACUCUCGCUCAGACAUUUUAUAGCGUCUAUGGCUAUUACAGACCAAGCUCAUGAAGGGGAAGAGCUUUUGAAUACCAUACGCAUACCAUCGACAUAUCUAUCACCACAGGUAAAGAGUUGGAGUUUUGCUGCUAUUGAUUACUAAUUGUUUUCCUUCUUCCCAAGUUGAAAAUUAGGGCCGAAAAUGAAACCGAUAUGAUAUAUAUUUAUAUUUAUAUCUAUAUUUUUUAAUAAAUAUGAAUAUGGAUAUUAAACAGAUAUUAAAAUUAAUAUCUAUAUUUUUUUCUAAAUGGAUAUAGAUACGAAUCGGAUAUUAAGCGUAUCGAUAUUUUCUUAUUCGAAUAUGAAUAUAAAUCAGAUAUUUUUUGAAUAUUAAUCAAAUUUAAGCAAAAUUCAAUAAUAAAAAUUAGAAAUAAAAAAAAAUUAAUAAAAAAUAAUUUUAAUAAAUAUUUAUAAAUAAUAAAAACUAAUAAUAUUAUAAAUAAUAUACUGCUUAAGAUUGCUUCUCAUCGAAGUAGAAGGGAUCUAUGACGCCUCUAAGACACCUCAAGACUGUAGCCAGUUGUAAUCAUCACGUUGUAAUCACCGGAUGGAAACUAAAAAAUAGUUAGAAUGUUCGAAAUUCUAGUUACUUGAAGACCAUAAAGGGAAUCUAAAUUUUUUUAGUUUAAAUUUGGUUAAUCACUUAAUUUAUUUUUUUAUUUAAUUUAUUUUUUUACUUAUCUUUGUUAUACGGAUAACUGAAUUUAAAUCCGAAAAAAUUAUGUGUAUUUGUAUCUGAAAAAUUUUUAAACAGACUAUCCGUAUUUAGAUCUGAUUAAACUAAAAAAAUAAUAUCCAAAUUUGAUCUGAAUUUAAUAUAAAAAUAUAUAAGGUAGGAUACUGCUUUCAGCCCUAGUGCCAAUUGUUUGGGUCCUCUGAAAGUGAUGAGCAUAUCUAUUCAAAUAAAAAUCUGCAGCUAAUGAUGUAGACAGCGCCUUUCUUUGCCUGCACGGAAGAGCAAGCUUUUUGAAGGUGCAUGGAGCAGUCGACUGCGACUUUUCCAGAGUUUGUUUGGUUCUUGAUAGCUCUAUUGCAGCUUUUUUAAAGAUUUUUUUCAUUCGUACCUUCCCAAAAAAAAAAAAAAGGUGCAUUGCAUGACUUUUCGGGAUAUUUUUUUUCUUUUAUAAGGGCACUGCGCUUGGUCAACAGUUUAUGGGGUUGUCAACAGGGUGUCUUAUCUAGUCAGGAAUGACACUUGGGAUGAGAGUUCUCUGCCUUCCUAUUGGUUUGGUUUGGGUUGAGAUUUAUGUAUAUGUCAAUAUAAACGUUUGAAAAUGGGAAAAAUGAAGAAGGUAUUUGAUUCUGAAGUUUUUGCAUACGAAGGCAGAUUUAUGUGGCUGAAACUCUAAAGGUUGUGGAAGGGAAUAGAUAUGUAUCAUACUCAGUUUAUUCUCAGCCUGAUAUUGGGUCGCAAUCUUUGUAAAAUGCUAUGAAAAUGCCUGGGUACAAGUGGAUAGAUCGACGCACAGAGACUAUUCUUAUUUGUGUUUUAAA